AUGGAUCUUCGUCCAUGCAGUAACGUGUGCAGUGUUACCAAAAAAGAAGAAGUCGGUGAACCGUUGAUCGGCGGCCUCGUGGUCGGCAUCAGUAAUGUAAGUUUCCAUGUUUUCAAGGCCAACAGCACAGAAAUUGUCAAGUCACAUCGUGUGUCGCUGACAAACGUCUUGACCACUCGCGACGGAUGGAUCGAACAGGACCCGAUAAUGAUUUUGAGAAGCGCCGAAGAGUGUAUAGACAAGGCCAUGGCGGCCGGAAAAGUAUUGAAUGGACGUGUCAUGGCUGUUGGAAUAGCCAACCAAAGGGGCACCGUCAUGGCCUGGGACAAGACAACUGGCGAACCGCUCUCAAAUGCCAUCCUAUCGUCGGACGUGAGGACAGCCCGUAUGGUGUACGAAUUCCUCAAAAAGAACGACAAAUACAAGUUUCAAAAAACCAACGGACUUCCGGCGAGCUCGUGUUUUAGCGCUUUUAAAAUCAUGUGGCUUAUGAGAAAUGACCCUGCGGUGCAAAUGGCGUGCGACCAACACCGCUGUCAUUUUGGAACGAUCGAUUCAUGGCUGACGUGGAAUUUAACCGGUGGAAAGCAAGGUGGAGUGUUCGUCACUGAUACAACAAAUGCAGCGUAUACAUUUUUAAUGAACAUCAACACAUGUAACUGGGAUCCGGCUCUGAUAAAAUAUUUUGGUGUACCGUUAGACGCUCUUCCGGAGAUCCGAAGUAGUUCUGAGAUAUAUGGGCAAAUAACUAGGGAAUCUUUACUCAAGGUGCCUUUAGCGGGUAUUAUCGGCAACCGCCAAGCGUCUUUGCUUGGACACAAGUGUCAUCGGCCUGGACACGCGAAAGCUGUUUGGGGUUCUAGUGGCUCCUUGAUGGCGAACACAGGAGAAAACAAGAUCUAUUCAAAACACGGACUAAUAACCACGAUCGCAUUUCAUUUCGGUCACUCAUCCAGACCGGUGUACGCGCUGGAAGGUCCCAUCGCAUCUAUCGGAGAGGGUGCCCAAUGGGUAAAGAAAAUGUUUAACUCGAAAAGCUGCGAAUGCACAGUACCCGGAAAAGCAGAUAAAAAUAAACAAUACGUAUACUUCGUUCCGGCAUUAAGAGGAUUAUUUGCUCCUUAUUGGCAGGAAGAUGCCCGUUGUGUUAUUGUCGGUCUUAACAGAGAAACCAAAAAUGAAGACAUUUACAGAGCGGCAUUGGAAUCCUCAUGUUUUCAAACUAGAGAUAUCAUCGACGCUCUAGACAAAGAUCUUAAGAUGCCCUUGAGGCAUUUGAAAGUCGAUGGAGGGCUUUCAAACGAUUGUUACUUAAUGCAAUUCCAAGCGGACAUAUCGAACAUGCAAGUUUCCGUAGCGUCAUUUAAAGAGAUAACAGCCCUGGGUGCCGCUAUGGUAGCCGGUUAUGCUUCCGGUGUGGAACUGUGGGAUAUAAGAUGUAUGCCGGAAUUAAAGAGCAACACGUAUACGCCAAAAAUGAGCACCGAAGAACGUGAAAAUCGAUACAUAGAUUGGAAAAGAUCCGUGGCCAGGACUUUUAAUUGGAUAGAUCGUUCAUCAGAUUGGGACGGUUGCAUGUAUUGUUGGAUUGGGGCUGGGACUAUGUUAGCCUUUGGAUUAUUAGCUUUUUUGUUCAUUCGAAGAAAACAAUAG